CAACGACGUGGAAGCUUCCGGUCACGUGACGUCACCAAUGCGCUGACGUGUAACCAGGAAGUUCCUGUACAGACGUCAACAUGCUAGCAGGAGAUGAAGACGUGUCUCUGUUUGACGCAGAGGAGGAUGCAGGGAAAAGGUUAAAAAAGACGAAUAUUAAGCACCCGAUGGCGUCUUUCUUCCACCUCUUCUUCAGAGUCACCGCCAUCGUCGUCUACCUGCUCUGUGAGGUUUUCAGCCGGAGCUUCAUCGCCUGCAUGGUGGCGAUAAUCCUGCUGCUCUCGUGUGACUUCUGGACAGUGAAGAACAUCAGCGGGCGGCUGCUGGUCGGUCUGCGAUGGUGGAACCAGGUGGACGACGACGGACGGAGCCACUGGGUGUUUGAGUCCAGGAAGGCCUCUGGGAAGCAACAAGCUUCAGACUCAGAGUCCAGGAUCUUCUGGCUCGGGCUGAUUAUCUGUCCAGUCCUCUGGGUCAUCUUCUCCUUCAGCACCCUGGUCUCAUUCAAGAUUAAAUGGAUGCCUGUUGUGAUCAUGGGCGUCGUGCUGCAGGGAGCCAACCUCUACGGAUACGUACGAUGUAAAGUGGGAGGAAAGACCAGCUUAAAGAACAUGGCCACCAACUACUUUGGACGACAGUUCCUCAAACAGGCGCUGUCUAAAGAGGAGGAAUCGUAGAGUGCAGCUCUGCGAUUUUAACACAUCUGCAUUAUUCUUAAUGCUAUAUUAUAUAUAUAUUCUUUUAGGAAGGGGACACAGGGAAAGAAAACCUUUUUUUUUUCUUUUUUUCAAGAUUAAAUGGAACUGACGAGUGUUUGAUUAUUUUUUCUUUUUAACGUGAUGCGUGACUCCUCGGCUUGAUCUUCCCCACUGAAGUCAGACGUCUGAAAGCUGCUUUCACUAACUGAAGCCCAGCAAUAAACCCUCAGACUUUAACUUCAGCAGGAAACGCAUGAGUGAAAGUCUCACGUAUUUUAUUUAGUCGGGCCUCUAAUAAGUUUCUAACACGUUUCUGAAAGGUAUUCUACAAACAUAAUUUUGUUUGUAUAUGACGGACUGUGUAAAGUAUCCUUGGAGAUUUGUAAAUAUGUAAAGUAAAGAAAUGAUUUGAAACGUCA